AUGGAAUAUCUCCAAGACAUCACAAACCCAAACAUUUGUCUGUCUGGCGGCGCCGACGGAGCUGAUAUUGAAUGGGGCAACUGCGCUGAUUCGAUUGGCCAUGAGGUUAUACACUGGAGCUUCCCCAGUCAUCCAAGCGCAGCACCAGAAGACCAGCUUAUUCGUCUCACCGAUGAGCAGCUUGCACAGAGCGACGAGGCGCUCAAAAACGCAGCGACAUCUCUAGGCAGGGACUUCCCACGAGGAGCCAACGUUUCGCGUUUGUUGCGUCGCAAUUACUUCCAGGUUGCAUGGAGUCAAGCAUGUUACGCCGUCGCAUAUUUUGAAGGGGAGAAGCAGGCUCCUGGUGGGACAGUUUGGGCAACGACCAUGUUUACUCAAUUACAUCCUGGAAAUCGCAAUUUAUAUGUCUUUGAUCAAUUGAGGGGAGUUUGGCUGCAGUGGACGGGGGAAUCCUGGAUGAAGAUUGAUAUUCCGCCGCGUCCAUGUGGAAUUUGGGCUGGGAUCGGUGCACGCGCUUUGCAGCCAAAUGGACGAGAUGCAAUCCGAAAGCUAAUGGGCGUGAACUGA